GCCUGCCAUUGGCUGCUUUCAAACCGUCAACUAUUCAAAUCGUUAAACUGUCAGUUGUGUUUUUACCCGUAAAGUCUGUAUCAAUUAAGUAUCAAAUGUGAAUAAAACUUAGUUUAAGUGAAACAAGUGUAAAUUGUAAAAAUGUCUCACACACCAUUCAAGACUCCCUAUCCGUACACCCCGAAACACCAGAAUUACACCCCAGCCAGGGAGAAGGAAUACAAAUCGGAUAGCGAAGAAAGCACAUCUAGUGCAGGUGAUUUUGCUUACAAUGCCGAUUUGUCAAUUGUCGCAGUUUUCGACGAUCUCAUGCGGAUGAUCAAGCUGAAACGUCACGACGAAGUCGAAAAUAUAUUUUUGUCGUUUGCUGAAAACGUUAAGGAUGUGUGGCAAAAUUGGCAGGAUGCGCUCAACGAGUGCAGGAGAUUGAACGAAGUGGUGGAUAACAAGAUUAAAGAAAUUAACGAUUUGGAGAGUUCUUUGAAACUGGCCAGAAAGAUGUUUGAUAAACAGAAGAACAUUGCUGAUGAGGCACAAUUGGAUAAAUUAAAAUUGGAACACAAUUUGUUAAAAGUUCAGGAUAUUUUCAAUGAAAUUACACAUCAGAGAGCACUUCCUAAUGAGACAAAAGAGAAAGUGGACAAUAUUACUGAGCAGAUAAAUUAUUUAAGGGAGGCUGACAGAAAUUUAAUGGGAAUUGCUGGCAAUUUGAGUGCUAUUAAAGAAAUUAAUUCUACAGGUUCUUUAUUAUCUGAUUUAAAUUAUACAAAAUCAGAAGAUGAUUUGGAUGAAAAUUCAUUGUAUGGCCCUUGGAAAAAACACAGACCAAGUACUGACGGCGUUGCAGAACCAGCACAGAAAAAACGUCGUUCAUCUGGCAACAGAGUGAUUGAGGUCAAUGCAAAGGACACAGUCAGAGCAACUACAACUUUAACAGUAGAAAAAAAUGGACCUAUCACCGCCACCUCAAUUAUUGAAUCCAUCCCCGACGGUAGACAAGCCCAGGUUUACCCGUCGGCACCCCCGGCUGAUUUGGUGUUCGAAUCGUGGGCGAAGGGCUCUCCGCAGAAAUCGCAGCAAAGACAACACGUGCUGCAUCAAAGACAGAUGAUAAUUCCAGACACUUGCGGCCUAUGUCAGACUCGCAUACGUUUCGGAAAGACUGCACUGAAAUGCAAGGAUUGUAAAGUAUUGUGUCAUCUGGAUUGCAAAGACAAGUUGCCGAAGAUCUGCGUGCCCGUACUCAAUACGCCGACGCAGAAGAACAUGCUGGGCGUCAUCAGCGAUUACACACCCACUAUUGCGCCCAUGGUGCCGGGCAUCUUAAUACAUUGCAUCAACGAAAUCGAACUGCGGGGACUGUCCGAGAUUGGAUUGUACAGAAUUCCAGGCUCGGAACGUGAUGUCAAAAUGCUUAAAGAGAGGUUCUUGAAAGGAAAAUCCGCUCCUAUCCUAAACCAAUUGGACAUUCACGUGGUUUGUGGUGCUCUUAAGGACUUUUUGAGGUCGUUAAGCGAACCGAUAGUAACGUUCGGCCUUUGGAAAACCUUCGUUAGUGCCAUCGCUUCGCCAAACAGAGAUGAUGUUGUGCCUGCCCUUUACCAGGCAAUUGCAGAGUUACCACAACCCAACCGCGACACUUUGGCAUACCUAAUAUUGCAUUUAAAAAAGGUUGCCGAAUCCAAGGUGUGUCAAAUGCCUAUUUCGAAUUUGGCCAAAGUGUUUGGUCCUACCGUUGUUGGUUAUUCGUGUGAGGAUCCAAAUCCGUCUAAUUUGAUCAAUGAAACCAGGCAACAGGUUCAGGUAAUGGAAGCUUUGAUGCUCCUUCCAACUGAAUUCUGGUCAACCUUUAUAAACACAAUUCCAUCCACUAACAAUAUGCUCAGGCAAACGCCCAGUACUGAUUCUUUAUUAAGAAAUACUGGCAAAGGUGUUUUUACUCCCAAUAGGCACAACGUGAUUAAAAGAAAAAGGUUUUUCAAUUCCCCAACAUUUAAUUAAUACAACUUAGUAUACAUUUUUUAUAUUUAUAUAAUAUAUAUGUUUAAUAAAAUAUUUGUGCGCUUACAAAAAUUAUUGUUAAAAUAUGUACUUACCUUUUAAAGUUGUAUUAUUAUAUUAACGAAUAAGUAUCUAAAGAUUUAUAAUAAAUUGUGUAAUAAGGUU